AUGGAGGAUAAUAAUUGGGAUUUAAGUGAUGUGGUAAGAAGUUGUAAUAGUAAUGAACCUAACAAUGUUACAGCUCCUAACUUUGGCUUGGUGUCUUUUGAAAAUGAUGAUUGGAACACUUUUGAUGAAUUUUUUUCUACUGACAUGCCUAAUUUUAAUGACUUAUCUGAGAUUUUCUCUAUAGAUUUUUCAGUUGCUCACCAAGAAAAAAUAGAUAAUCAGGAUGAAGUUUAUCCUAAUUUAAGUAUGCCCAGGAAGACUCCUCUGAUCGAAACUUGUAAAAGAAAAAUUCAGUCAAUAAGAGUUAUCUAUGAAGUGUUGCAAGAGGAAUUCACAAAUGAUAAAUGGGCAUGGAGUAAGUGUGGUCAGAAGUCAAUCAAAGGUUCUCCAUUUCCGAGAAAAAAUCAGUCACAAAGAGUUAUCUAUGAAGUGUUGCAAGAGGAAUUCACAAAUGAUAAAUGGGCAUGGCGUAAGUGUGGUCCGAAGUCAAUCAAAGGUUCUCCAUUUUCGAGGAACUACUUUAAGUGUAGUACAUCAAGAUUCUGCGAAGCAAAGAAAAUAAUUGCGAAAAGCCCAAAGAAUGAGAACUAUUUAUUGGUGUCCUAUUCUGGUGAACACAACCAUGAUCCUCUUACAUAUCGUAGAUCUCUUGCUUUAUAUAGCAAUAGUUCCAAAAACAAAUUUCCAAAAGGCAUAAAUAUUGUGCCCAAAGCAUUAAACUUAAAUGCAUCAUCGUCCUCAUCCCAGCGUGCUAAGCGUUUAAAAGUUGAUGCCUCUUCAAUUAUUCGAACUAUAGCUACACUUGAAAUUGAGAGAAAUAAUAAAACGGUUGAUGUUGUCACGGAGAACAAAGACGAUGGUGAAGAGGAGGAGAACGCGUAUGAAAAAAUUUUCAUGGGGUUUGAAGAAUUUCAAGAAGUUACUGCUUCCAUCUUAUGGGAAUGA